AUUACCAAUUUUAUACGUAUUUCCUGCGUUUAAUUAAUCAGAAUAAGAAAGAGAGGCAUUGAAGGAUCUCAAAACUCACGUCAGGAUCUUGUUUUUAAAUUUCCCAAGUUUAUUGAAACGGAAGAAGCGGGUAAUGGCGGACAAUGAAGAAAUCAUGGAGGUGGACGGAGAUCGAACAACGGUUAAACAACGGUUGAAAGAUCGAACAAAGUGUAAGGAGAUGCUAUCGAAGCAAGCCGGAAAGAUUGCUAAACAGGCUGAAGAGCAUGAAAACUUCAUCAAUAAGGUGACGCACUUGCUUGGUGUUCUUUUCUUCGGAGGCUUCUGCUUCAUCUUGGGUGCAAGGCCACAGGAUGUUCGAUAUCUCUACUGUUUAUUCUAUGUCAUUUUUGUCCCACUUCGAUGGAUUUAUUACCGAUACAAGAAGUUGCACUAUUAUCUUCUUGACUUUUGCUAUUAUGCCAACACAAUAUUCUUGGUCAUGCUUCUGUUUUAUCCCACAAAUGAGAAACUUUUCUUGGUGUGCUUCUCAUUUGCAGAGGGGCCGUUGGCAUGGGCACUAAUCGUUUGGCGUUGUAGCUUAGUUUUCAAUUCCAUGGACAAGAUAGUAAGCGUCUUUAUACAUAUCUUGCCUGGACUGGUUCUGUUCACGAUUCGAUGGUGGGACCCAGCAUUCUUCGAGGCGAUGCAUCAGAAUGGGAAUUCUCAUACAGGAUCAUGGCUGUAUGCAGAGACGAAAUCGUAUCUGUGGACAUGGCUUUUCUUUGUUCCUUUAGUAGCCUAUGUCGUCUGGCAGCUUCUUUAUUUUCUCAUCGUAAAUGUACUACGCGAACAGAGACUGCUGCGUGAUCCCGAAGUCAUGACCUCCUACAGGGAACUGUCGAAAAAAGCACAGAAAGCAAACAACAUGUGGUGGCGCUUGAGCGGAUUGCUGGGAGAUCAGAACCGGAUGUUUAUGUACAUUCUGCUCCAGGCAGUGUUCACUGUGGCCACAACGGCGCUUACUGUCCCGAUAUUCCUAUCGUAUGAAUUACACUUGACGUUCCAACUGCUCAAGGCAUCAGCAACUGUAUGGAAUGGGGGUAACUUUCUUAUAGAAGUGAUGCCGAGGCAGGUGAUUCUCAAGCAGAAAAAGAUGUCAGAAAUGUGCCCUUUGGUGGUCGAAACUUCACUCAAAUUGGGUGAGGUUACACAAUCUCAGUAGCACUGUACAAUUUUAAGUGUUGCUAAAAUUACUCUCUCAUCUUUCAUUUCUAUCUUCUUUUUUUACUUUCUCACUUUUUUUUUUUUUUUUGGUUUAAUCUGUAGCUUAGGCACUCUCUUUUCUAGUUUGUUGUAGAAUUACUGAAUUUUUUUUCUACUUGUUGGAAUACACAAUUUGUUUUUGUUUUUUUUCAGUAUUUCACGUUGGAUUGUCAUGUAUUGAUAUAUAAAUUUCAGGCUAA